UCGAAAUUCGUGCUUGCAUUUAUUGUUGAUUUAUAGCAUUAUUUCUUCCCUAAACGUUUUUUCCACUUGGUACUACGAAGGCUGUGUUUUAUUUUUAACUUAUGGCUGAAUGCAAUGUGACUAUCCGAACAAAAAGGCCAUACCGCAAAGUGUACUUCACUUGGAUGAUAGAUAAUGUCUCCAAGUUUUCAAGGAAACUUCACAGCUCUGCGUUUUCUACUGAUAAUGACUGUAAACAUAAAUUUCAGGUUAUAGCCAAAUUCAGUGAAAUGUUCCCUGAUGUUCACAUCUCAAGUGUCAGCAUCGGUCUACAACGAGUUGAUUCUGAAAUAGAACCUCUCAAUGUAGCCAGUAAAGUUAAACUCCUCAAUAUUGAUGGUGACCAAUACUUUUAUCAAAAGUCAAGGUGGGUCACUUGGAAAAGAGAUGAUGCGCCAAUUUAUGUUCUGACAGAACUGUUUACUGAUCUUCCCGAUAAACUAAAAAUACCCGAAGUGAAAACAAGUAUUUCUUCUGAAGAUGACCACGAAAUGGUCGGCCUGAAAGGUAAGAGAUUGCUAGCUUCCUAUAGAAGUUUUAAGAAAGUAUUCAUCUUACCUGGAGAUGUGCUGAUUGUUAGUGGCAAGAUCAAGAUUUUCGGAUGCUGUCCUGUAAAAUGCUUUGUGGAAGAUCCUAAAAAGGAAAAGAAACUGCAGUUACAAGCAGAACAACUAGUAAACGAUUUCCGAAACAUGUAUUUGGACGGCAUAGACACGGAUAUUCAACUGAUCGUUGGUGAUCAAGUCUUGAAUGUUCACAAGUUUGUUCUACAGUCAAGGUCUCCUGUAUUCAGAAGUAUGUUCGAACACAAUACGGCAGAGAGGAAUGAUAGAGCUAUCUACAUAACAGAUAUUGAAUUCGAGAUACUAAAGGCUUUGAUGUGGUAUUUCUAUACUGGAGAAAUUCAAAAACUAACCUACAAUGAAGUAUGCGACUUGUAUGAAGCUGCUGAUAAAUACCAAAUAUCCACUCUUCAACGAGCCUGCUCUGAAGUACUGAUGUUGUUGGUUCGAAUUGACACAGUAUGUAGAAUAAUGGUUUUGGCUUAUUUGCACAACGAUGGCAUCCUCAAAGAUCAUGCGUUGCAUUAUGUUUGGCGCAAUUUUACAGAAGUGAAAAUGACAGACGAAUGGAAAAUGACAUGUCAAGGACACCAGGAUAUUGCUUUAGACGUGUUGCGUCGAACUAGUAUGUUUCCAUUUGGUGCAAUACCACUAAAAGCAGGGGGAAUAGACCAUUAGAAAUAUUAUAGUACACGCUUUUUUUUAAAAUUAGUAAUCGAUGGCCUAUUACCUAUUUCAAAAUUUCUCGAUUGGAAGCUUUAGUUUAACCUAAAUUACAUUGCGUUGUUAUGUUUUUUAUGAAGUUGGAGAGGCGAAACCGAUUACAGAGUUUUAAUUAAUUUUUUUAUUUGAUAGGAGUAGCCAAAUAAUCAUGGCAAAUUGGUUUCUUCAUCUUCAUCAUCAGAAAUUUCAACUCAAAUCCGGUUUCUACUCCAUUCCAGUGGAUUUUAUGACAACGGAAAUUCAAUAGCUCCAACCUAGGACUGAAUGGCCGAUUAAGAGAAAAGUGGUUCACAAUUCCACUGACAGUACUUACAAGUAAUUUGUAAUUUCAAGACAGAGAAUCUGUGUAGAAUAAAUGUUAGUUUCAUUGAA